CGUCUUUCUUACUCAUCACAUGUCCUUCUCUUCCAGGCUGUGCUGAAAGACCAGAGUCAAAUGAGGCAGAUGGAGCUGGAGAUAAGACCUGUCUUCUUGGUCCCAGACACCAACGGCUUCAUCGACCACCUCAGCAGCUUGAUAACGCUGCUGGACUGCAGGAAGUUCAUCCUGGUGGUGCCCCUGAUCGUGAUAAACGAGCUGGACGGCCUGGCCAAGGGCCCGGAGAUGGAGCACCGGGCUGCAGUCUAUGCCCGCCAAGUGCAGGAGAGAGCCAGGAAGUCCAUCGAGUUCCUGGAGGAGAGGUUCGAGGGCCGUGACAACUGCCUGAGGGCUCUGACCAGCCGAGGCAACGAGCUGGAGUCCAUCUCCUUCCGCAGUGAAGACACCACCGGCCAGCAGGGAAAUAAUGAUGACCUGAUUCUGUCCUGCUGCCUCCACUAUUGCAACGACAAGGCCAAGGAUUUCAUGCCCUCUAACAAAGACGAUCCCAUCCGUUUGCUCCGCGAAGUGGUUCUGCUGACGGACGAUCGCAACCUGCGAGUCAAAGCGCUGACCCGCAACGUGCCCGUGAGGGACAUCCCCACCUUCCUCAAAUGGGCCCAGGAGGGCUGAGGGGGCCGAGCAGGGAGGAGAGCCCCUGAGUGAGUAACGCAGAGUGUUGCGGUGGGAGACCGGCUCCGCAGGCAGCCCUCGCCGCCACCGCCUUCCAGCCCACAAUGAACAAUAAACGCCACGUCUUCAACCCACCCCACAUGGCCGUGCUGCGAAGGGCCCCCCCCCGGGGGUGCAGGCGAGCUGGGAAGGUCAUUGCCGUGGAUGGUUCACGUGGAGGCUGGGAUGUUGAGUGUCCCCGUGGCCUUCGGGCGGUGCUGGAGCAGAGCUGGAGAGCCCUGCUGUGUAGGGAAGCUUUGGGUGACCCCGUGCCGGAUCGCCGGCCUUUCGCUUGGUUUGCUUGGUUGCAGAGAGCUCACGUCGUGAGUCGGUGUCUCUUUGGGUUUGUAGGCUGUACAGGGCAGAGAUUGGGGACGCAACGGUGCAGACUUUGGGAUUGCUUGGUCUCGCUCAGCCCCAAGAGCUGAGCCUUUAGGAGAUGCUGUGGACUUCAAGGGCGGGUCCCCAGCUGUGUGCCCCGUGCUCUCCAUCAUCCCUGCCCAGCCAGUUUCUCCUGCAUGUCUCAGGCUGCAUUGGUUCCCCAUCCCAUCCCUGCUACCACCCCACAGAAAGGAACGCUGCCUGCUGCUUGCAGAGGUGCUCGUCCUCUCUGGUGCAGGGUUUGCUUUUUUCGGUUUCAUUUCAGACUUCAGCAUAGGAUUGUUUUCAGGUGUGUGCCCUGCCUGCUUUGUGGGGGAGGAGGGCUUUGAACACCCCUGAUUCCCCCACAACUGCUUUCUGUUCUGCUCCCUUCCCACAACAGACGUUACCUGUUCCCACCUCUCUAUCCCCUACCCCUGCUUCCCACACUGAUACUUUUAGCCACAUUUUCAGCCCAGGGCUCAGCGUGAGGCCAGCAAAGCCCUCCGAGUCCCCGACGAGCCCAGGACAGGCUGUUUGGGGACAGGGCUGGCGAAGCCUGGGCAGUGCCUGGUGCCGAGCCCAACUGUGAGGGUCCCCUCUUGAGUCACCCCGAGCCCUGCAGCACACCGCUGUCUCCUACACCACAUCACGUUGUCCCCACCGCCAAAGCCUCAUCCCCAUGGCACUACAGAUACAGAAGCCACGAGGGAGCGUUUGCCCAUGAACUGGCAUCCCUGAAGCUCUGUCACGCCUCACUCCCAUCAGCACAGAGCAGGACUGACCCCAGGGCCAGCUCCAGUUCCCACCGGCGCACUGCAGAGGAUGCAGCAGGACCGAACCCAGUGUUUUCCUUUCCUGCGUGGGUGGCUCAGACCUGGUGUUUGCAACACAGCACGUUCAAGCAGGAAGCUCACUGUCACCCAUGCCAUGGUGAGGACCGAAGCAGGGCUCAGGGCCUGAGCGGAGCACAUGGACAAGCAGCAGUUGUGCUCACCUGUACCAUACACGUGUCCUGGCAAAGGGCUCAGCGCAGGUGCAGAACUGCACGGUGCAGAUUCGAGGUCCCCAAGCAGCACAGCCACCUGCAGGAGGACACACGGAGUGGCCGCGGUUUAACACGAGCACCCAGGACCCAGCUCGUGCUGCACAGCGCUGGGUGUAAGCAGCGUGCAGAAUUCUCAAAGCUGAGUGCAUUGGAAAUGUGUUCUCACCGCCCUGCACGCUGUGCUGGAUGCCCACCCCGUGCAGGGCUCUCUGGGCAGCACAGAGGGGUCUCACCGGGCUGAAUGUGCCGGGGCCACCUGCGUCAGCCCUUUGUUGGGGAGGUGGCCGCGUUCGGGUGAUUUUGUUAAGAUGGUUUUAAUCAUUUUUAGUAUUAAACACUUGUCUGUGCA